AUUUUUAAAAUCAAAUCUUCUGGAUUUGUUUUAAACAUUCAUAUUUAAUUCACGUUAAUGAAAUACCGUAAUAACCGCGGCACAAUACUGCAAAUACAAUUCAGAACAUUUUUGGUGAAGAAACAAUUUUGGCAUAGGAAGCGCUGCUUUCAGGACGCUUAUUGAACUCACUUUGGCAACGGAAACGUGAACUAAUUAUUGAUAGCGAAAAGCUUUAACGGAAAUGUAAAUAACUCGCCCCCUUGUUUACCGAACUAACAACAGACAAAACCAAAACAAGAAGAAGAAGAAGUCACAAAAGACACCACAAGACCCUAAAAUCAAACCAAAGAACUCAAAAGGGAUUAAAAGACCCAAAUUUCCACAAAAUAUAUUUUUAAAAAAACCACAAAAUCAAAAUCCAAAAAUCCCAACAAAAUGCCUGCUCCAAUGGUUGCAAUUCUAAAACUUUUGUUUUUGUGUGCAUUGGCACACACUGCCGGUUGCUUGGCCUUACCGGCCAAGGGUAUUGUUGAAUCCUUUGAAACCACCACCGAUCCACCGGCCAAGAGGGCCGAAUACAUUAUUGUGCGUGGUGAAGAUUCUUCGCUGGAAAAUCCUCAAUUCAAAAUGGCCGCAUCUGUGCUACUGAAAAAUCUACAAGAUGUUGCCAGUGUUGCUGUACCACCCUUGGAUGAAGAACCCAUGGAGGAAUGCAGCAAUCCCUCACAUAAAGCCACAUUUUCGCCAUAUGAUUACACCGUCCUCCUGGCCAUGUUGGUCAUCUCCUUGGGUAUUGGUAUUUUCUAUGGUUUCUUUAAGAAAUCGGGUAGUUCAUCGAAUGAAUUCUUGCUCGGCUCAGAAAUGUCCAUCUUCCCCGUAACAUUGAGUUUGACAACGAGUUUUAUCACAGCCAUUGAGCUGUUGGGCAAUCCAUCGGAAAUGUACUUCCAGGGUACACAAUUUGUGUUGAUUGUUAUUCCCAUGGUCUUUGUUGUGCCCGUGGCUGUCAAGGUCUUUUAUCCGAUUUAUUUCAAAAUGGAACUGACCAGUUGUUAUGAAUAUUUGGGUAUACGUUUUGGCAAGGAAAUUCGUGUCUUGGGCGCCGUGUUGUAUGUACUGCAGAUGUGCUUUUAUACAGCCGUUGCAGUUUUAGCCCCUGCUAUUGCUCUCUCGAAGGCAACGGGAUUGGAUACAAAAAUAGCCGUUGUUCUCAUUUAUGUUGUGUGUGUUUUCUACUCCUCCCAGGGUGGUAUGAAGGCUGUUGUUAUUGCUGAUACUUUCCAGGCGGCUGUAUUAGCUGUUUCGUUGGUGUUAGUUGUUGCCCUGGGCAGCUUUUAUAGCGGGACUCCAGUGGAGAUUUUCAAGACGGCAGCUGAGCGAGAUCGUUUGGAAUUUUUCAAUUUCAAUAUGGACCCUACAACCCGUCACACCGUUUGGUCCGUGGUCAUUGGUGGCUUCUUCUAUUGGACAUCGUUGUUCUGCACCAAUCAGGCUUCGGUGCAGAAGUGUAUGUCGUUGAAAUCCUUGAAAUUGGCACGAAUUGCCUUGGGAUUUGCCAUUUUGGGAUUGGUCGUUGUAUUCCUGCUGAACUUCUAUACCGGUCUGAUGGUCUUCAAUCAUUAUGCCGAGUGUGAUCCUUUGACUGCUGGACGCAUUACUGCCUCAGAUCAAUUGUUGCCAUAUUAUAUUAUUAGCACCUAUGAACAUGUUUAUACCAUGGCUGGAAUAUUUGUCGCUGGUAUUUUUGCAGCAAGUUUGGGAACUGUGGCCUCUGCCUUGAAUUCCCUGUCGGCUGUCACCUGCGAAGAUUUGCUGGUGAAUGGCAUGAAUAUUAAAAUCUCUCCCGACAAGGGUGCCCUGUAUGCCAAAUGGAUGUCCUUGGGCUUUGGUGUUUUAUCCUUUGGCCUGGUAUUCAUUGUGGAACGUUUGGGUGGUGUGCUGCAGGCCACCUUGACUUUGAAUGGUCUUAUUGGCGGCGUCACUUUGGGUCUGUUUGUGUUGGGCAUAGCCUUUAAGAGUGCCAAUACCAAGGGUGCCUUCUAUGGUGGCAUCGCUUCAUUGGUUAUUGUCAUUUUCAUUGGAGUCGUGGCUCAAAUUGCCAAUGUCGAACCUGAAGAUUUGCCUUUGUCUGUGGAGAAUUGUGAUUGUUUGGUGAAUGCAACUCAAAGCCUGGCUUCGUCGGUUACAGUGCGUCGCGAGGCAGUGGAAGUUGUGGAGACGGGAUUUACGGAUUGGCCCAUUUUCAAACUCAGCUACAUGUGGUAUUCCAUGAUUGGCUGUUUAUUGACCCUGGCCCUGGGUCUGCUCAUCUCAUCUAUUGUGAACUGUGUACAAAAACGUCGUGUGCUGAAGAUCAACUCGGCCAAGAACUCGAAUAACAUGAAACUGAACUCCGAAACCAAUUUACCAAAGGAGAUUAGACCAAUGCCAACAUUGGCCAAUAAACAACCGAGCCCAGAAUUGGAAAAAGGUAUUACUGGCGAAGCUGGUGGCCAUGUAAAUCAUGCCAUACGUCUGGAUGACGAAUAAAUGUUUAGAAUAAUUCUUUUAUAUAUGUAUCCAUGUAUUAGAACCACCCACCCACCUACCUUUAUAAUUAUAUCCCAUGAAUGUGUGUGCACCAUGUAUUUAUUGUAUGUACAAAUUACCUCUUAGUUUAUAGGUUCGAAUUGGCUUCUGGAAUCGAAUUUACUACAAGCGAAAAAUGGAAUCACUGAAUCAGUUUCCGCCACACCCCGCCGAUCCCUGCUGCUUAGACAAUGAGGUUGCAAGCAGACCUCGAACAAAGUGAUACACCCCACACUAAUUUAGUCAUAAGUCUUUACGUAUUUUAUUUAAUUUUUUUAUUGCUCAAACAACAAAAAAAAAAAAAAAAAACGAAAAUAA